CUCUACAGGAACAUGUUUCUGGAAGGAAUUUACAUAUGAUCGAGUUUUACAUCAUCAAAAAACUGGUUAUAGUGUAUGGGUUUAAGGUGUUCUGCUUCAAAACUUCAUUCUGCUUUUAAGACCAAGGUGACUUAAAAUGAAGUUUACAUGUAUAGCAAUAGUGUUUAUCUGCUAAACAUUAGAGAGACUGUUAUCAAUUAUUCCUCAACCCUUCCUUCCCUACUGGCGACCAGUCACUUGCAGCUUUGUGAAGAUAUGCAGACAGAAACUUGUAUGAGUUCAGGUGGAGGGACAUCAGACUCUGUAGGACACAUCAGCCCUGAGGACCAACAGAAUGGAGAAUUCCAGAAGAAACCUAUUAAAGAGGAAGAACCUGAAGAUGAAGAAUAUUUCUUGCAACUAAAUUUAACUGAUGGAACUUUAGAUGGAGGUACGUCAACCUUUUUGGGACACUUCACCCCUGUGGACAAACAGAAAGAAGGAUUUCAGGAGACGCAUCUAAAACAGGAAGAACCUGAAGAUGAUGACUACCUCUACUGUGAGGACUGCAGCUCAUUCUUCAUCAACAAGUGUGAGAUUCAUGGACUGGCUGUCUUCAUCUCUGAUAGCCAUGUUUCCAUGGGGGUUCCAGACCGAGCCAGACAAACCCUUCCACCUGGCCUGGAAGUGCAGAAAUCUGAUAUUCCCGGGGCAGGCCUGGGAGUGAUUAAUAAGGGAGAGAUUGUUCCAGUAGGUUCCCACUUUGGCCCCUAUCAAGGAGACUUGGUAGACCAAGAGGAAGCCAUGAACAGUGACUACUCUUGGGUGAUCUGCAAACAUGGCCAGUGUGAGGAAUACAUCGAUGCCAAGAGAGAGAUAUGUGCAAACUGGAUGAGAUAUGUGAAUUGUGCUCGUAAUGAUGAAGAGCAGAAUCUUGUGGCAUUCCAGUAUCGAGGGCAGAUUUUUUACCGUUGCUGUCAACCUAUCGAACCAGGACAGGAGCUCUUGGUGUGGUAUGAAGAGAAAUACGCUAAGGAUCUCAGCAUUGCAUUUGAAUACAUCUGGAACAAAAAGUGCUCCAAUAUCGAAAUGAAAGGCCCAAUGAUGGAAGCUGUCUCCUGCUCCUUCUGUCCACUGUCCUAUACAUCUCAAAUUUACCUUUACAAACACAUCAGACGAUUGCACUGUAAAGAAUAUGAGAGACUGCUGCAACACAAUAUUAACUGUGAAAAAAUUAUACCCACAAGAAGCACCUGUAGUCAGCAAAAGUUCCCUGAGACUCUUCAAACUAACACCACUCCUGGGAAAAUGCAGAAAGGAACUGAUCACACCUCAAAUUGCAAGGAAAGUUUUGCUCAACACCUCAAACUGCCCCGGCACAUUCACCCGAGAGAGAAGCCAUUUUACUGCUCGCAUUGUGGAAAGAAUUUUACUAGGAAGGAUAAUCUCCAAACGCAUAUGCGCAUUCACACGGGUCAGGUGUUCUACUGCUCACAGUGUGGAAAGAGUUUUAUCCGAGAGAGUCAUCUUCAACUACACGAGCGCAUUCACACAGGAGAGAAGCCAUAUCAGUGCUCAGAGUGUGGGAAGAGUUUUAAUCAAAUGAGCGCUUUUAAAAGACACCAGCGCACUCACACAGGAGAGAAGCCGUAUCAGUGCUCGCAAUGUGGGAAGAGUUUUAGUCAGCUGGGUAAUCUCCAAACACACCAGCGCAUUCAUACAGGAGAGAAGCCAUUUCAUUGCACAGAGUGUGGGAAGAGUUUUAGUCUACUCAAUACUCUCCAGUUACACCAGCGAAUUCACACAGGAGAGAAACCAUAUUACUGCUCAGACUGUGGGAGGAGUUUUAAUCAAGUCAGUGCUUAUAAACGACACCACCGCAUUCACACAAGAGAGAAGUCCUAUCACUGCUCUCAUUGCGGGAAGGGUUUUAGUGACGGAGGUAAAUUCAAGGGACAUCAGUACAUUCACACAGAUGAGAGGCUUACGAUGAUGGAUGCUUUGCAAACAUACCAGACCAAGCUUUGUGAGUGUGUGCAUACAGAGGCUUGUAUAAUUGCAGGUGAUAGCAUAUCAAGCUUUGCAAAGCACAUCAACCCUGUGGACCAAAUGAAUGGAGGACUCCAGAAGAAGCCUCUAAAGGAGGAAGAACCUGAAAAUGAUGAAUACCUCUGUAAGACAAAUGGUGGCACAUCGGUUUCUGUGGUUCACGGCACUCCUAUGGAACAGCAGAAUGGAGAAUUCCAGAAGACGCUUAUAAAAGAGGAAGGACCUGAUGAUGAUUAUCUGUACUGUGAGGUCUGCAAAUCCUUCUGUAUUAACCAGUGUGAAGUUCAUGGUCCUCAGCUCAAAUCACACCAUAUAGAAGAGAAGCCAUAUAACUGCUCACACUGUGGGAAGAGCUUUUCUACACGGAGGGAUGUGAAGGUCCAUGAGCGCAUUCACACAGGAGAGAAGCUGUAUCACUGCUCACAGUGUGGGAAGAGGUUUGUCCACCAAAGUAGUCUGAGAUCACAUAAGCGCAUUCACACCGGAGAAAAGCCGUAUCAGUGCUCACAUUGUGGGAAGAGUUUUGGUCAUAAAGACACGCUCAAGAAACACCUGCACGUUCACACAGGAGAAAAGCCGUAUCAGUGCUCACAGUGUGGGAAGAGUUUUAGCGACAGAGGGACUUUCCGAUCACACCAAUACAUCCACACAGGAGAGAAACCGUAUGAAUGCACAGAGUGCGGUAAGAUUUUUACUCGCCAAAGUUCUCUCCAACAACACCAGCGCGUUCACACAGGAGAGAAGCCGUAUUACUGCUCAAAGUGUGGGAAAAGUUUUAGUCAACAUGGUACCCUCCAGCAGCACCAGCACACUCACACAGAAGAGAAACCAUAUCAGUGCUCACAAUGUCGGAAAAGCUUUAACAGGCAGAGAAAUCUCCAAUCGCAUAUGCGCAUUCACACGGGAGAGAAGCCAUAUCGCUGCUCGCAGUGUGGGAAGAGUUUUAGUCACCAUUGUACUCUAAAACGACACCAGCGCAUUCACUCAGGAGAGAAGCCGUAUCGGUGUUCACACUGCGGGAAAAGUUUUACUCAACACGGUACUCUACAAUCACAUACAAGCAUUCACACAGGAGAAAAGCUCCAUCACUGUUCACAGUGUGGCAAAACAUUUAACCGACAGAGUUCCCUCCAAAUACACCAGCGCAUUCACACGGGAGAGAAGCCUUAUCAGUGCUCGCAAUGCGGGAAGAGUUUUAAUCAAAAUGGCACUCUCAAACAACACCUGCGCAUUCACACUGGAGAGAGGCCGUAUUACUGCUCACAGUGUGGGAAGACUUUUAGUCAGCAGAGUACGCUCCACCAACACCAGCGCAUUCACACUAAGAAGAACCUAUAUCAGGAUACGGCAUGGGAAGGGCUUUAAUGAAGCGUGCCCUUCAACAACAUUAGCACGUUCAAACAGGAGAAGUCGUCGUUUCACUGCUCAGAUGUAAAUGCUCCUAAUUAACUUGGGGUGUGAUAUUGUUUUGAUAUUGUCUUAAACAUACAGCUGUGUGUCAUCAGCAUAGCAGUGGAAGCUAAGAUAAAGACCAUUUUGUCUGGGCUUGGGACCGGCACUAAGAGUGCACUAGCUUGUGCAACCCAGUGCCUGGGUUUGGUGCCCAGCAUGGGGCUCAAACCUACGAUCCUGAGAUUAAGAGAUGUAUAAUUAUAUAAAAUUAAUUUAUUAUAUUAAUAUCCAUAUUUUAAAAAAAACCAAAAAAAACAAAAAACACUUGUUCUAGAACAGGCCUUUGUGGAACAACAAAGUUUACCAUACUAACUUAUUUUACUUACCGCUAGCAAGGCAUGCAGAAUGUGGUCAUCCAGCAGAAGAUGCUUUUCUUGUCAUCCCUUAAGUAGUAUUUUAGAGAACAGUAAAAAUGCUAGAUGUUUUUAAACCCAGAUUUAAAAUUUUCUUGUUUAACUUGCCAUAUUCAUCGUUUUUUAUUCUUUUAUCUCAUCUUAAAUAUACUUUUCAUUGAUUCUAAAUAAUUUGCAUAGAUUUAUAAUGAAUUCAUGUUACUUCAUCUCAAACCCAGAGGCUUGAUUGGCAUUCUUUCCUUGGGCCCAUGUGGUUGUGUUCUUUUUUAGGAUGUUACGGCAGUCUAGGUUGGACUGCAACAUGAAUGAGAGACUGGAUCCCUCUGUCGUCAGAUGCAAACACUGAACACUCAAUAUCAACUGUCAGUGAGAUUUUAUUGACAAAGGUGUACUCUCACUUUCAAUUGCAACCGUGGGAUGGGACGUGCUUCACGGACGAGUAUACGCCAAAAUAAUUUUUUGGAUAACUCCUUUUAAAAAUCACAAAAUAAGGUUUUCUCUAAGUAAUUUAAAAGAAAAACUAGUCCUUCAGAAAGACUGCAAGCUACUGCAACAGGUCUACUCAAGAGAAGAGAGGCUAUUUGGUUUGACACUUCUGGUGACAUCUGAAAGGUGACAGUUUCCCACACUGCGACAGAACAAAGUGGUAAAUGAUAGCUCUGGUGAGAAAAUUUGAUAGACAACUUGGUGUAAAAGUGUGGAAUGUCUUAGUAUGCUGCCAAUAAUCACACUGGACCCAGGGUUUAAUAUUUUAUUGGGUUUGACAAGUCAGAAAAUCCAAACGAGGCAGAGAAACAUCUUACUGCUAAAUGUGCCCCAAGGUUCAGUUCACCUGGCCAGCCUGGGGUUACAUCAGACCAGCUUCAUAAGACACUGGUGUGGUGUAAGUAUUUUAUUGUCCAGCAGAUGUGAGAAUAGAGUUGUGAGUCGAGUGUUACUAUUUCAGACGCUUUGUUCUGCAAAUCACUGAAUAAGUGCAUUUUAAUCAGCUCCCUAGGUCGUGAAUCAGUACAUGGUGUACAAGAGUUCGGGCACUGGUAAGGACUCUGGCUCACUACACAUUGGUGUAGACACUGAUGACUCAAUUUCCUACAACAUGACUAUGUAUUCACUUUGUAAAACUUCACCACUUGCAUUUAUCAACAGUAAGCAGGACUCAUAUUUUUCUGACAUGUCAUGUAAAUUUAGCUUGAUCACACGUGUUUCAAUCAUGGUACGUCAAGCAGGAUCUUAGGCAAAUAGUGUAUUUUUUUAAAAAAACAAUUAAAACACUUAAGCCGUUAGAAACCGUAUACAGCAUGUCAAAUUGUUAAAAAAAAUUGCUAAUUUGAGAGAUACAACAACAAUAACAAGCUAUUAACAUUUGUAGACAAAGUUGGCUUAUGUUCGUCCACCUUUUUUUUUUCUUUUCCGAGCUGAGAGACUUCAGAAAACAUGACGUCAUUUCCAGUAAGGGAACAUAGUGAGCAUCGAUGCUCCCUGGUUUUUGCAGUGCAUUGUGGGAUUUUUUAGGGAUCGAAUGUUUCAGUGCACUUGAAGGAUUUUGCGAUUGAGACACAAAAUGGCCGACUCCCUGAUCAGUGUCCUGAACUACUGGACUAGGGAGCUGGUUGAGACACACCCUAAGAGAAUACUUCAAUUCAAUUACAACAAUACGAUUUGAAUUUAGAACAUGAAUAAAGUCAUUUGUUGACGCUGAUGUUUGGCAUCUCCAAACAAUCAAUCAAACAGACAAUCAAGAAUAUAGACCUACCCAUUGCAACAAAGCCCUCAUCUGUUUACAUCUGGAGUUUUCUGUGUUGAUUGUGAUUAACUGACAAUGAGAAAAAAAGACUAUGAGAGAGCUGAUUGGUCAGUUUGUUUAGUCGACUGUGUUCACCUGAUUAGCUGUAUGACUCAUUAUAAUACAAUCACGAAAAAUAAUUAAGUAUCAACUAGUUUUUAUCUCAGUUCCGAGCCAAUGGAUCGAUCAACUCGAAAACUAAAAACCAUCAUCUACCACAAAAAAAGCUUGAUUUAUUGCCACGAGAGCACACACCACUGCACUAACAGACACAAACAACAAACUGAAGUUUACCUCAGAGUGAGGAUCCAGGAUACCUAAGCACUUAUUAAGUAGUUUACAUAUUAGCCAGCAUGCUAGCUAGCAUUAGAUAUCUCAUGCAAUGAUUGUUUAUUCCAAAAUACCUUCCCCCCGCUAGUUUCAAUUUAAAAGAGAGGGAGAGAGAGAAACUUAAAGAAAUAGAUUUACUUUACAAAUAUUCAGAAGCAUUAAUAACUUUCCUCAGAUGUAAGGUGUAAUCUGAUGUAAAAUACCUAUAAGUAUUUUAAACUGUAUUGUUGUGACACAAGCUGGCUCUCUUGCUUUCUUUCUCGAUUUACUCCUUAUACUGUGGAUGAAGUGGUAGAGUGUGGAGUUAAUAAUUAUUUUCUAUUAGUGCAUCUAGAAUGAAAUCAAAACCAGACAAGGUUCCUUCAGGCAAAACUCCACAGACUCCUGCUGCUCCAACACGGGUAAACUUAGUGGUGAGAUUGUUUCACACAUUUUUAAACAGUGAUUUAUUUUACUACAGUCAUUUUCAUGACAUGAAACUACUACAAACUAGUCUAAAAAAUAUUGUGGUUUCAUGGUAUCAGUCGAUCAUUUAUCAACAGUACACAACUUGGUGUAGAACGUUAAGGAAACAUUUCUUUUUGCAUAUCCUAUACAGAAAAUAAAAUAAAAUAAAAAAAGAUUGAAUGAAAUUCCUUAAUUGUUCUUAUUUCUGAAGUAUUAAUUAAAAGGGAUACAUUUUCCCAAACUUGU